UAAAAUGUGAAUUAACAACAGAUACACUUUGAGUGAAUUGUUAAUAAACGACAGAGUUUCUAUGAACAUUAUUUUAAUGUUAUUCUGUCUAAACUUCACCUGUGUUGAUUUCACUGACGGCUGCUUUGUGACCUGUGUGUGUGUGUGUGUGUGUGUGUGUGUGUGUGUGUGUGUGUGUGCUGAUGUUCCAGCUGAACUCUCCCAUGAACUCAGUCAGCAGCACAGAGGACAUCAAACCCCCGCUGGGUCUGAACGGCGUGAUGAAGGUGCCCGCUCAGCCAUCGGGUACCGUCCUGUCACUCACCAAACACAUCUGUGCCAUCUGUGGUGACCGCUCCUCAGGUAAACAUUAUGGGGUGUACAGCUGUGAGGGCUGUAAAGGCUUUUUCAAGCGGACGGUUCGUAAAGAUCUGACGUACACGUGCCGCGACAACAAAGACUGUGUCAUCGACAAGCGUCAGAGGAACCGCUGCCAGUACUGUCGCUACCAGAAGUGUUUGGCCAUGGGCAUGAAGAGAGAAGUUUUGUUACAUGCAGCCGUUCAGGAGGAGCGGCAGCGAGCCAAGGAGAGGAACGAGAACGAGGUGGAGUCCACCACCUGCGCCAACGAGGACAUGCCUGUGGAGAAGAUCCUGGAGGCGGAGCGAGCGGUGGAGCCCAAGAAUGAGACGUACAUCGAGACCAACCUCAGCGCGCCGUCAAACUCGCCCAAUGAUCCAGUGACAAACAUCUGUCAAGCCGCUGAUAAACAGCUCUUCACUCUGGUGGAGUGGGCAAAGAGGAUUCCACAUUUCUCUGAGCUGCCGCUGGACGACCAGGUCAUCCUCCUACGAGCAGGGUGGAACGAGCUCCUCAUUGCAUCAUUUUCUCAUCGUUCCAUAGCCGUUAAAGAUGGGAUUCUGUUGGCGACAGGGCUGCACGUUCACCGCAACAGCGCCCACAGCGCCGGAGUGGGCGCCAUCUUUGACAGAGUCCUCACAGAGCUGGUGUCAAAGAUGAGGGACAUGCAGAUGGACAAGACCGAGCUGGGCUGUCUACGAGCCAUCGUUCUCUUCAACCCUGACUCUAAAGGUUUGUCUAACCCCGGUGAGGUGGAAGCUCUGAGAGAGAAAGUCUACGCGUCUUUAGAGGCUUACUGUAAACACAAGUACCCCGAGCAGCCUGGAAGGUUUGCUAAGCUGUUGCUACGGUUACCAGCGCUGCGCUCCAUCGGCCUCAAGUGUCUGGAGCACUUGUUCUUCUUCAAGCUCAUCGGGGACACGCCCAUCGACACCUUCCUCAUGGAGAUGCUAGAAGCACCGCAUCAAAUGACAUAAUGACAAAGAUGGUGGAGCC